GGAUGACAGUGACAGUAGUUCAUUUGCACCAUCAAAAGUUGUCAAAAGCAAAAAAAGGUUAGGUUAUAUUUGUUAUUUUUUUGAUAAAUAAUAAACAUGAUAUGAAGUACCGUAUCAAAUAAUAUGAUCAACAAAUCGUCAGCCUCUAUUGAGAAAUUAAUAUAAAGGAUAUGUUGUGAUGCAAACUUGAUUUUACCUUAUUGCACACAAAAUGGGGGCUUUAUCAAAGUUCCUGCUUGUUACUUUUGAGCUAGUCAAUGAGCUGUACACUGCUGUAGGGGCAGGUGUCCUGGGCAUGGUGGUUCUUGUUAAGCAUGGGCUUGAGUCGCACUGUGCUGUGAAGACAUUAACUGUAAUAGGCAUUACCACAGCUAGUCUAGUUUAUAUCAUGAGUGAGUCAGAACAAAUAUUACCGAAUAAGAAAAGAAUAGUCUGCAUUACUGGCUGUGACUCAGGACUGGGAUUUUCGUUGGCCCAACAUGCUGUUGACAUGGGGUUCACUGUAUUUGCUGGCUUUUUGAGUUUGGACUCGAGGGGUUCCAAAGAGAUACGUAAAUUGUAUGGUAAUAAAAUUGUACAGAUACAUUUGGACAUUACAAACACAAGUAGUGUGUCUGCAGCUGUGAAAACCCUAGAACAUUUUUUAAGUCAAAACCCUGGUUACAGCUUAUAUGCUAUUGUAAAUAAUGCUGGAGUGAUGGUAUUUGGAGAAUUUGAGUGGCUUACUGAGAAACUGAUCAAACAGCAACUUGAUGUGAACCUUAUGGGUACUUUUAGAUUCACAAAUGCACUGUGUCCAUUGCUGAGAGAGCAUAAAGGAAGAGUGAUAACAGUAACUAGUCACUGCUCUGAAGCAACACUACCUGGAUUGGCUGUUUAUGGGGCCACAAAAGCAGCACUGACAGCAUGGAGUGAUGGUCUGCGAGUAGAAAUGAGGAAAUAUGGAGUGCAAGUACUCACAUUCAUACCUGGAUCGUUCACAUUACAAAGCAACAUCAUGGGAAACCAACUGCAGAACGUACAAGAUAUGCACGACUCUUUUACACCAGAGCAACACAGUUUCUACAGUGAUUAUUUUAAAAGGUACAACAUAUAUUUAUCAUACAUUACCCCACCUCCCAAGCCAGUGAAGAUAGAAGAUCAUGGCAUGUAUACGGUUUUUGAAAAAACACUAACUGACAAGUACCCAAGAGCUGUGUAUAAGCAUGAAAACUUAAGAUACAAAUUUUACCAUACAAUGUUCAGGAUCAGCCCUGUGCCACUGCGGGAUUGGUUAGUAGUGAAGUUCAUGCAAAUGCCAGAGUAUAUUCCAGAAGACAGGGGGGAUCCAGAUGAAGACUUUGCUAAUAUGCCCACCGAUGAUGUUGAUACUGAUGCAUAAUUUAUAAGAUUUUACUGUUGUUGUCUCAAAUAGAUUCAAUUGGUGAAAUAAGUUGUCUACUUAUUCUAAUCAGUUGCACAAUGGUAACUGUCGAACUUGUCUGUGGACUAUGUUGACACAUGUUCUUGCAAAGAGUAAAUGCAAUCAACCACUUUAAUUCCGAGACAUCCCUAUAACAUAUAUAUACCUACAUAGGGGCGGAUUCAUGAUAACGC